CAUAUAAAUAAAAUUUUCCGCGCCUCAUCUUUGCUGAUCAGUUGAUCUUGUUGCUGUCUCUCUCUGUUUUUUCCCCCCCGGUAUGAUGGUAUCCCGCGAACUGAAACGAAUAAAAGAAGCCUAGAUAAACGACUGGCUGUGACGACAACAAUUAGCAGGUUUAAGAAUUGAGAUUCACAGGGGCUGGAGAGAUUUUGGCAACGAAGUAACAAGCGAACUGGGAAUUCUAUCGAGAACAGCAGAUAUUCCUUUCCAAUUAAUUUUUCAUUCGAUUUGUGUACUCCAGUCUCUCCUCACAAAAAAAAGGACUCUGUUGGAAUAAUGACUGAGGACAACACAGUUAGGGCUUCUUCUCCGAACGAAGCCUCUCAAUCAAGGCAGAGGAAGAAGAGAAAGUGGGAUCAACCUGCAGAAACAUCGGUAACGGGUGGUAUAGCGGCCCCUGGAGUGCUCCCGUUGGGCAAUGGGUUACCUCUGACUGGAGUGGCAUUUCCAGGUGCAACUUCAGUUGCCAGCGCUCCUUUGAUAAAUUCGCUGGCAGCUAGCUGUGCAGCCGUGCCUCAAGUAUUACAGGGACCUUCAGUUCAGCUACAAGCUGCGGCAGCGGUCCAAAAAAUAAAUCAACAAAAGAUGCAAGAUGAACUAAUAAUAGCUCGAGAAAUUGUCAUAAAUGAUGCGGAGUCUUCUAUUCGUUACAAGCUGACAAAACGCCAGACACAAGAGGAGAUUCAGAAGUGCACUGGUGCUGUUGUGAUAACUAGGGGCAAGUAUCGGCCACCCAAUGCACCACUUGAUGGAGAGAAGCCGUUGUAUCUUCAUAUCUCUGCUGGAGCUCAUUUAAAAGAGACAGCUGAACGAAUUCUGGCUGUUGAUCGUGCGGCUGCCAUGGUUGAAGAAAUGCUGAUACAGAGUCAGUGUUCACCGCCAAUUUCUACCACAGCAAAUCCUGCCUUGGCUAAUGGAGUGAAGGUGUUGAGCACUUGUGUGUUUUUGGGCUUUGAUGCUGAUUCAUCAUUGAACAUUGUUGCCCGUAUUCGUGGACCAAAUGACCAGUAUAUAAAUCACAUUAUGAAUGAAACAGGAGCAACUGUCGUACUUAGAGGACGGGGUUCAGGGAACCCUGAAGGACCAAACGGAGAAGAUGGGCUGCAACCCCUGCAUCUAUUCUUGUCAAGCAAUAAUGCAAAAGGUCUUGAUGAUGCCAAGCGUCUGGCUGAAAAUCUUUUGGAUACAAUCAGUGCAGAAUGUGGUGCUUCCAGGGUUUCAUCAUGUAAGGUUUAUAGUGCUGUUCCACCUCCACAGCAGGUAUAUAGUUCUGUUCCACCUCCCCAACAGGUUUAUGGCGCCUCACCAUUGCCACAGCAGAUUCCUCCUAUCUUUUCAUCUGCACAGCAAGUUUAUAGUGCUGUCCCACCCCCACAGCAGUUGUUAACCCCUGUUCAGAGUUCAGGGUCUGAAGUAAAGGCAAGUACAGGUGCAGCUGCUAGCUUGAUGUCAUCAUCAGCUGCGGUCUCAGCAACAGCACCUCCAACUUCCUUAGUUGGAGUGUCUGGCAUCACUGCUUCUACUGCUUUAGGAACUGCUCCACAACCUGCAGGGCUUUUAAGCACCGGGCAGUCUCAAACAAAUGUAGUUGGUUAUGCUCCCCCUUUAGUAUCUUGUGGGACUAGUUAUGUUGGAUAUGGUGGAAUAUAUCCACAAGCAACUCCUCUGCAACAAGUUGCCCUUGCCCUUAGAAACUCACCUCCUGUUGCUUCAACAGUUGCACCUACAACAUCAGCAUCUGGUGGAGAAUCCAAAUCAAGUACAAGCUCUGAUUCUGAAAAGGAGAAACGGCCACCUCAGAGACGGAAGUUUCAAGAAUUACCCGUUGAUCCAAAGGGCCCUUCAAAACUUAAUCAGGUAUUUUCUCUGACCUUCUAUGAAGCUAAUAGGCUGACACUGGACCUGUCUGUUGGGCCUAUGGUUUGUAUGUUUGACAGGGUUUCCGUUUUGGAGGCAUUAGGAGGGUGCUUAUGGAUUUGCUGCUUUUGUCAUUGCUAAUCCAGGAUGUUAUGCUUUUGGGUCAUGCUUUUUAUCCUUUUGCAAAUACUUUGUGUCUGGCUUUUUGUUUGUGCAUGUGCCGCUGGUUCACUGUGGCUAACCUUAACUAAGGAUACUGCAAUAUAGAUUGUCAAACCUGAAAGGUCUAUAAGCACCUAAUUGAUGCAAUCCCUUGUAGGAUUAGAGGCAAUAAAAGGUGGGAGGAAAAUAUAAAAGCUGACGAUCAGAUAUCCUGAUAAAAAUAAAGAAAAAUUUACUAUACGUCAGCCAAGAGCAUAACAAGUUAAAGCUCUUUCAUUUCCUUGGCUAUCAAAAUAUAUACUUUAAUGCAUCUAAUUUUUUAAGAUCUAUGAUGCUGACAACCAUACUUCCUCUAGUUAUCAUCAUGCUCCUUGGUGGAAACAAUGAUCUUAAGAAGGGAAUGUUGAGUGGACAUUUUCAUCUGGAGAUCUUAUUAUGCUAUUUCACUUCAAAGCUACAUUUGGUGUCUGUGCUCGAAUACUUUCAUUGGGAAAUCUUAUGCUACUUUUGGUUAUCAAAAUCCAUUACUAGCAUAAAUGCCAGGGUCCCCUUGAAGCCUAGGCAAUUAUCAAAUUGGCCGGGUUGCUAGAUUAUGACCAUUUUCAACUGCAGUCUACUUGAUGGUAUAUCAACCUGGAAUUUAAGUGGAUUAUAUUGAGUCAUGGCAGACCCCACCAGAUUUAUUGAUGCAAAGGCAGAUAUUGCUUCCCCCCGGUCACAUGGGGGCGCAGUUAAAUUGCAAUGGUUAUCAUGGGCAUUUAUAUGAUGCUAGACCAUGUUGUAGCACACCUGUUAUUUAAUUUCAAACCUCGUUUUCUGUGUUU